GGAGUCUAUGACUUUCCCUCCCCACACCUUCCACUCCCCAACUCUGUGGAUGUACACACAACGCAGAACCACGUCCCGGAGCAGCCCAUGUGGGAAUCACCUGGCAUCUGGAAAGCAACUUUGAGGACUCUGCGUUACCAAACAGCCUCUGCCAUGUGGAAUCAGAAUUCUGUCCACCCUCCGGUCAGAACUGCACAACACCCAGCAAGGCCGGGUUGUCAGCUGUGGCUGACGGUAAGCAUAUCGGUCUGACUUGGCCUUCUAGGACCAGCUAGCAGAGCAAUGGGGGUGGACUGUCAGAACCACAGGCCCCAGUGUGUCACACAGAAGAAAGAAAGAGUGCUCCUCGGAACUGCACAAGACGCUCACUAGUCACUGCAAGGAAAUGACUUAGAGGCCUUACAAAUACAUCUGCGCAUUCUUGCUUCAGACUUUACAACUGAGGGCCAGCCCAGUCUGGAAGCACCUCUUACUGUUACAAGGAAACUGCUACCUCAGCAAACAAAAGGAAAGGAGGAGGAGACUUAUAAUAACAAAUGCCAUUUUUAAAAUUUAAAAAAAAAGCUUGUUUUCAGAAAAUGUGAAAGGAAAUUUGGAAAUGUUUCGCAUUGAGAGGAAGCUUUGCAGGUGACUGGAUUUGGCAGGCGGGCUCUGUCAAAACUCUGCAGAGGUUUCAUCUUCCUUCUUCAGGACUCAGUGUGAAGUAACUGGACUGCUUUUUAAAUUGCUGUUGAUCAGCUUGUGGGUUUGGGGGUUCUAACUUUUCUGGUAUAUUGGAGAUACAUUAUAUUACAUUAUAUUACAUUUUUUAAAAGUUAAGUUAUUUUUCUGCCAUUGUAAAUACAAGUAUCAGAAUAUUCUUGCAAAGCAAUUAUAGGUAAACAUUUUUCUCAGCAAGCAUAUCUUUUUAUUAAGAGAGUGGAAUGCUAACAGUCCUUAUACAGCAUUUUGGACACAUGUUUAUUUUUGGUCAGAGGUCCUGCCUACACUGAAAAUAUUAAUUACCUAAGCCCAUUGUUCUCGCAUCUACUUUGGAUCACAUGGUCACCUGCCUCAUGGAAAUGCCUUUUUUAAAACUUAGAUUUGCAGAACUCCACUAUUUUUAUACCUAGCUACAGUUUUGGGGGGAACAAAAAGAAUCAGGACCCGGACCCACUCACGGCCCCCGGGACAGCCACCCCUCCCGCAUGCAUUGCUGCAGCGCCCAGGACAGUAAAAUGGACUAUAAGCGGCGCUUCCUGCUUGGCGGGUCCAAGCAGAAGGUACAGCAGCACCAGCAGUUCCCGAUGCCUGAGCUGGGCCGAGCGCUGAGUGCUCCCCUGGCGUCGACGGCCGCCACCGCGCCCCUGGGCAGCCUGCCCACCGCGGGCAGCUGCCACCACGCCAUGCCCCACUCCGCUCCCAUCGCCGACAUCCAGCAGGGCAUCUCCAAGUACCUGGAUGCCCUCAACGUCUUCUGCCGUGCCAGUACUUUCCUCACGGAUCUCUUCAGCACUGUGUUCAGGAACUCUCACUACUCCAAGGCAGCCAUGCAGCUUAAAGAUGUGCAGGAGCACGUCAUGGAAGCAGCCAGUCGGCUGACUUCAGCCAUAAAGCCCGAGAUCGCCAAGAUGCUGAUGGAACUUAGUGCCGGGGCCGCAAACUUUACCGAUCAGAAGGAAUUCAGCCUCCAGGACAUUGAGGUGUUGGGGCGAUGUUUCCUGACAGUGGUGCAGGUCCAUUUCCAGUUUUUGACCCAGGCACUACAGAAGGUCCAGCCUGUGGCUCACUCCUGCUUUGCCGAGGUGGUUGUGCCAGAAAAAAAGAACGGUGGCGGCGGCUUAUCUGGCAUGAGCCACACACCCGAAUUGGAGGAAGCCGUGCGAUCCUGGCGGGGGGCUGCUGAGGCGACAUCCAGACUGAGGGAAAGAGGCUGUGAUAGCCGCCUGGCGGGCAUUGAAGUGCAGCAGCUCUUCUGUUCUCAGAGUGCGGCCAUUCCCGAGCACCAGCUCAAGGAACUGAACUUGAAAAUCGACAGCGCUUUGCAAGCAUAUAAAAUAGCUCUGGAAAGCUUAGGCCACUGUGAAUAUGCAAUGAAAGCUGGUUUCCACCUGAAUCCGAAGGCAAUUGAAGCCAGUUUACAGGGCUGCUGUAGCGAGGCCGAGGCGCAGCAGACAGGGCGAAGGCAGACCCCCCCACAGCCCAUGCAGUGUGAGCUCCCCACCGUCCCCGUGCAGAUAGGAUCACACUUCCUGAAGGGCGUCUCCUUCAACGAAUCUGCCGCCGACAACCUGAAACUGAAGACGCAUACGAUGUUGCAGCUGAUCAAGGAGGCGGGCUGCUACAACGGGAUCACGCCCAGGGACGACCUCCCUGUGACUGAAGUACUGAACCAGGUGUGCCCGUCCACAUGGCGGGGCGCCUGUAAGACUGCCGUGCAGCUGCUGUUUGGCCAAGCGGGUCUGGUGGUAGUUGACACAGCACAGAUUGAAAAUAAAGAAGCCUAUGCCCCCCAAAUCAGUUUAGAGGGCUCCAGAAUUGUGGUUCAAGUCCCGUCCACAUGGUGCCUGAAAGAGGACCCCGCGACCAUGUCCCUGCUACAGAGAAGCCUCGAUCCCGAGAAGACCCUGGGGCUGGUGGACGUGCUCUACACGGCUGUGCUGGACCUCAGCCGCUGGAGGGCAGGGAGGGAGCAAGCUUUACCCUGCAUACAGAUCCAGCUUCAGAGGGAGAUCUGUGAUUUUGGGAAUCAGGCUGACCUGCCUCCUGGGAAUGGAAACAAAUCUUCAGGUGGCCUGCAGAAGACAUUCUCCAAACUGACAUCCCGGUUCACCAAGAAAGCUUCAUGUACCAGCUCUAGCAGCAGCACAAAUUAUUCCAUCCCAAAUACACCUUCCAAAAACAUCUUCUUUGCUGGGUGUUCAGAAGAGAAGGCCAAAAUGCCCAGUAAUAUUGAUUCAAGGUUACAAAGCAUUUUGAACAUUGGUAAUUUCCCCAGGACUACAGACCCCUCACAGUCCGCUCAGAAUCCCAGUAAUCAAAUGGCCAAUGGUUUUCUCAUGGAGAGGCGUGACAACUUCCUGCAAGCGGACGAUGGCAAGGAUGAGAAGGGUAUGAACUUACCAACCGAUCAGGAAAUGCAGGAGGUGAUAGAUUUUCUCUCGGGCUUUAACAUGGGCCAGUCACAUCAGGGCUCCCCAUUGGUGACAAGGCGUAAUUCUGCUGCCACAGCCAUGGUGACUGAACAGAAGGCAGGAGCCAUGCAGCCACAGCAGCCACCACUGCCAGUGCCCCCUCCACCACGGCCACCCCAGGCUGGGGCCCGCUCACCUCUGACACCCCAGCCAGGCCUGGCAGCACAGCAGCACUCCCCAAAGCAGCAACAGCCCCAGGUGCAGUACUACCAACACCUGCUCCAGCCCAUUGGACCUCAGCAGCCCCCACCCCAGCCUCGGGCGCCUGGGAAAUGGGUACAUGGCUCAUCCCAGCAGCCAGCACAGCCUGUCGGAGCAGGUCUAUCCCCUCUUGGCCAGUGGCCUGGCAUAUCUGAUCUCAGUUCUGACUUGUACAGCUUGGGUCUGGUGAGCAGCUAUAUGGAUAAUGUGAUGUCGGAGGUUUUGGGGCAGAAGCCACAGGGACCUAGAAAUAACACCUGGCCGAACCGUGACCAAAGUGAUGGAGUCUUUGGGAUGUUGGGAGAGAUUCUGCCUUUUGAUCCUGCAGUGGGUUCAGACCCCGAGUUUGCACGCUAUGUGGCAGGAGUGAGCCAGGCGAUGCAGCAGAAAAGGCAAGUUCAACACGGUCGCCGCCCAGGCAACCCCCGGGGCCACUGGCCACCCAUGGAUGAUGCCCAUCGGACCUGGCCUUUCCCAGAGUUCUUCACAGAAGGGGACGGCCUUCACAGCGGCUGGUCGGGUGCUCAGGGAGACUCCGCCAGCUCGAGUGAUGAGACGUCCUCCGCCAAUGGAGACAGCUUGUUCUCCAUGUUUUCAGGGCCCGACCUCGUCGCUGCUGUCAAGCAAAGAAGGAAACACAGCAGUGGAGAGCAGGAGACCAGCACGCUGCCCUCACCACCUCUUCUUACCACCGUGGAGGACGUGAACCAGGAUAACAAAACCAAAACGUGGCCACCCAAAGCACCCUGGCAACACCCUUCUCCGCUGCCCAGCACGCUGCCGAGCCCAAGCACACCGCUCUACGCAGUCACCGGCCCCGGCAGCCAGUGGAACGACACCAUGCAGAUGCUGCAGUCCCCGGUGUGGGCCGCGGCCGGCGAUUGCAGCGCCGCCUCCUUCACCUACGUGCAGACCCCGCCGCAGCCCCCACCCCCUGCCCACAAGGCAGCGCCCAAGGGCUUCAAGGCCUUCCCCGGGAAGGCUGAGCGCCGGCCAGCCUACUUGCCCCAGUACUGACCUGGGCCCGGCCUGCCCGCCUGCCUGCCCAGAGCUGUUGGGGCCCGCGCCCCCACCCCAGUGCUGACUAGCUGGCACCAGCCCCCCAGAGGACCAGUGCACCCCUGUCCCAGGCAGAGAUCAUUGGGGAUGGGGGUAGUUGGCAGCUCCAAGUCUUCAGGGCCCGG